AUGAUUGGGCUCCCACGAGCUCAAAGUCCCUCGCUCCGCGCAUUCUUCGUGAAGCAGAUGCAGCAGCUCGUGCUUCUCUGCUUUAUAUGCGUUAUACUCUGUUUCUCGCUCAACAAAUUUACCAACGCUACACCUGAGCUGAUCCUGGAAUCGAAGAAAUUCCCACGGAAGAUAUGGCAAUCCUGGAAGGUCGAUCCAACACGAUUUGAGACUAGAGACGUCGAAAGAGCCAGAACUUGGACGGUCAAAAAUCCAGGCCAUCGUUACGAAGUUCUGACGGACGACAAUGCCGAUCACUACGUUGAACAUCAUUACGGUCCUUUUGGGCUCAACAGACCAGAUAUCAUUAGCGUUUACAUGUCUCUGAACGCCAAGAUCAUCAAACAAGAUCUCUUACGGUACCUCAUCAUGUAUGUCGAAGGCGGAGUAUACGCAGACAUCGACGUGGAAGCCAUCAGACCCGUCAAAAGAUUUAUUCCCAAGAUCUACGACGAAGCAGAAGUGGACAUGGUCAUUGGUAUCGAGACCGACGAGCCAUCNUUUGCAUCUCAUCCGGUUUUGGGGUCGAAAGCGCAAUCGUUCUGCCAGUGGACUUUCAUGUGUAAGCCCCGGCUGCCCGUGAUGAUGCGCCUGAUUGAGAACAUCAUGAAAUGGCUUCAUGAGUUGUCGCGAAAGCAAGAUAAACCAAUCUCCGAUCUUUAUAUCGACUUCAACGAAGUGCUGACUGGAACUGGUCCCUCAGCCUUCACCGUAGCCAUUCUCGCGGAGAUGUCAAAGACUGUUGGCAGAGACAUUGCUUGGAACACAUUCACCGAACUCACUGAGGCGAAGCUUGUUGGCGGCGUUCUCGUGUUGCCGGUGGAAGCAUUUGCCGCGGGAACUGGUCACAGUGAUUCUGGCACACAUAAAGGCAAGGGCGCGAUGGUGAAACAUCACUUCCACGCAUCAUCAUGGCCAACAAACCAUCCUCGGUUCAAACAUCCCGUCUAUGGAGAGGUAGAGAAAUGCAAUUGGGACGCCGAGUGUGUCAGAUUGUGGGAUGCCAACACGGCCUUCUUCAACAGUCUUUCAGAGGAAGAGCGCUUAAAGAUUAUCAAUAUCAAAGAGCAACGACCUUUGGGAGCCCCAGAUCCUCUGGCAGUUGCUGGCGAGACAAAAGCCGAUUCAAAGGACUCACCGAGAGAGAAGGUUGCCGACUCGAAGAAUAUGGUCGAAACAAAGUCGCCUGGUCUGUUCUCUGGAGAAGAGCAUAUUGCAAUUGCAGAUCCAGCUGAACUCAUGGCUGAUCUUGAUAAGCUGUCUGGUGGCGUUUCUGAACAAGUCUUAGAGCCCGUGCUUCCCGCGAUUGAGGAGGAUCAAGAUGAAAUAGUACCGGAAGACAGCGCUGCCACUGUACCCGAGGUCGCGCCAGAGGAAGACGGCCACAUGCUCGAAAUCAGAUCCGAAGACACCGAGGAGACGGAAACUUGGCAAAAGCUGACUCCAGGGCUGAACUUGUAG